AUGACCUCUAUUAAGGGCCCCGGCGCUGCGCCGACCUACGACGGCUCGGGAUUGCGAGUCGCCAUUGUCCACGCACGAUGGAACACGAAGAUUAUCGAGCAGCUCAUUGCUGGAGCGAAAAAGAGCCUGCUUGCAGCGGGCGUGACCGAGGACAACAUUACCAUCCAGACCGUGCCGGGCAGCUACGAGCUGCCCUUGGGUGUGCAGCGUGUCUAUGCUGCAUCGCAGCUCCAAGCUAGCAGCUCUUCCGGCGAGGGCAUCAGCGCCACGGAUCUCUUGUCGGCUUCGACGAGCGACCUGACGCAAUCGCCAAUAACCCCCGCGGCGGGGCCGAAGAAGCCCUUCGAUGCCGUGAUCGCAAUCGGAGUCCUAAUCAAGGGUGCCACGAUGCACUUUGAAUACAUCGCCGACGCUGUCAGCCACGGACUGAUGCGGGUUCAGCUGGAUUCCGGGGUGCCGGUCAUUUUUGGGCUGUUGACGGUGCUCACUGAGGAGCAAGGUCUGGAGCGAGCCGGGCUGGGAAAGAGUGGUAUGCACAACCAUGGCGAGGAUUGGGGCAGUGCGGCGGUGGAAUUGGGUAUCAAGCGGAGGGAGUGGUCGGAGGGCAAGAUGCUGUAA